GAGGAAGCUGGCUUCCUGAAGCCUUCUCAGCCCUCAAACAGACAGACAGACAGCUGGCAGGAGGCAGCCUGGGGGGACACAGCCACUCCAACAAUUCAUCCUGGGCCCUAAAAGGCUACCCGUCCUGCCCUCCAGAUAAUAACUGCUCCCACCCCGGAAAUGCAAGCGGCUCUGGGGGGAACGAUAACAGCACCAUGAGAAAACGGACAGCAGACGGGCCCAACCGCAAGCCCCAGCCCUGGCCUGUGGGGUCCUGCCCUGCCUCCUCCCCUGCUCAGAUUGCCCGUCCUGGUCCCGCAGGCCUGAAGGCUUCCUGCCCAUCACCCGAGGGAUGUCAGCCCUGGGGUGCCUGUGUCUUUCAGAUGGUUACCGUGGCUGAGUGAGCCUGCUCUGGGCCCUUGCCUUGGCCCCCUGAGCCCCAGCCCAGCAUGGUCCAGGCCUGGGAGGAGUGUUCCCGAGCUCAGCAGACAGCUCUGCCACAAGGGGCAAGCAUGGCCCAGCCUCCUGCCCCCGGCUCUACCGCCAAGAAGCACAUUAGACUGCAGGAGAGGAGAGGCUCCAACGUGGCUCUGAUCCUGGAUGUGAGCUCUCUGGGGGCCGUGGAGCCCAUCUGCUCAGUGUCUACACCCAGAGAGCUCACUCUCCACUUCUUAAGGACCGCUAAGCACCCCCUCACCCGCUGGGCCCUACAGCACCAGCCCCCCAGCCCCAAGCAGCUAGAGGAAGAGUUCUCGAAGAUUCCCCCAAACUUUGUCAAUCCUGAAGAACUGGACAUUCCUGGCCAUGCCUCUAAGGACCGAUACAAGACCAUCUUGCCAAAUCCUCAAAGCCGUGUCUGUCUUGGGCGGGCACAGAGCCAGGAAGACGGGGAUUACAUUAACGCCAACUACAUCCGAGGCUAUGAUGGCCGGGAGAAAGUUUACAUUGCAACCCAGGGCCCCAUGCGUAAUACUGUGUCUGACUUCUGGGAAAUGGUGUGGCAAGAGGAGGUGCCCCUUAUCAUCAUGCUCACCCAGCUCCAAGAGGGCAAAGAGAAAUGUGUUCACUAUUGGCCGACAGAGGAGGAAAGCUAUGGGCCAUUCCAGAUACGGGUCCAGGAUGUGAAAGAACGCCCAGAAUAUAUUGUCCGGCACCUUACUAUUCAGUACCAGGAGGAGCGUCGUCCAGUAAAACACGUCUUCUUCUCUGCGUGGCCUGAUCAUCAGACCCCAGAGUCAGCCGGGCCCCUCUUACGCCUGGUGGAUGAGAUCGAGGAGAGCCCAGACACAGCAGCCAAAUCUGGGCCCAUCGUGGUCCACUGCAGUGCUGGGAUCGGCCGGACUGGCUGCUUCAUUGCCACACGGAUCGGCUGCCAACAGCUCAAGGCUCGAGGAGAAGUAGACAUCCUGGGCAUUGUUUGCCAGCUUCGGCUGGACAGGGGGGGCAUGAUCCAGACCAGUGAGCAAUACCAGUUCCUGCAUCACACCCUGGCCCUGUAUGCUGCCCAGCUGCCCGAGGAACCAAACCCAUGACCUUCUGGGACUUGGCUGAAGAGAUGGCAUAGGUCAUACAGCAUCCAGCCUGGAUCCAGCCAAAGAGGGGGAAACACUCUCCUUAUAGGUCUAGAACUUUGCCCUCUCCCUCUGUCACAUUUGUCCCUGGGGUCUCUGAUCCCAGAGCUGGACAUUGUUCCCUCCGUGCCCGAGUUUUCACUCUCCUUUCAUGUCCCUGGGAAGGACCUGGUAUCCCAGAUCACUAACUCACCAACUGGCAGAUGGAGGAAUGGGGAAAUUGUGAGUGUCAGAAGGAAGGCCAUUCCUUGGACCAGAGUGCAGAACUGAUCCUCUUCCUGCAACCAGAAAUAGUUUGAGUUGGAAACGAUAAAACCAGAGAUGCCAGGACUUUUUAUCUUACCUUCUUCUCUAGUCCUCAGUUUCCCAAAGGGACAGAAAGGACGUUACGUCUAUGUUUGUGUGCCUAAUUCUCAAGCCCAUAGCCCGCUUCGAGCUUAAUGAUUUGAGUUGCCAAUUGCAGUAAGCCUGAAGGGAAAACCCCAAGCAGUCCCACAUUCUCUGGCAUAUCACUUAUGUGCCCAAAUUUCCUUGUCUACAUCAUGGGGGCAAAGCUUCCAGGGACCACUGAUCAUGGAGCCUGUGUUUGGGGAUCCUAAGGAUAAAAGGAGCUUGGGGAAAGUCCUGGCAACUAUUUUGCCUCAUUCCCCUUCCUGGGCAUUGGAAAAUAUUUCUGGACUAUCCCUCCACCCACUCCUUUUGGGAAACUUUGUAACACAAAGAAGUCCUAUACCAAACCACCCAUGCAGCGCUUAGCACAUAGAAUGCCAAUCAGCCCUGAGAUGCUCGUGAUGUUCUUUUUAGGCCAGACCCUCCUAUAGCUUUCCAAAGUCCUAGAGAUGUUUCCUUCUUCUCCCCAUCAACCAAUCUGUGUGCACUGGAGAUUCCCUGUAAAGACUAAAGAACCCAGUUCUCUCCUGCAUUCCCACCUUGGGUCCUGGGACCACAAAUGGAGAAAUGGCCCGGGCCAUGUGGCAUCCAGCCUAAAACCAUCUUGGGGGUGAAGGGGAAGUAGGGGGAAGAAGGGAGAGAGGAAGGUGAAGAUAUCCUCUCCCUCUCUGACACCAUUCAUACCUGCCAUUCACGGUUUAAACUUCUCUAGGGUAAUCCCAUCAACAAGCUGUAAGCUCCAAAAGAUCCAGUCCAAUAAAGCAAUAAAGCAUUAAUUAAA